GGAAGCGGAAGCGCGUUUGCGCGCGCUUAUUUCCGGCGGGCGGGCGCGCGGGUUGGUUCGCGCUGCGCGGGCCGCUCGGACAUGGCGGGACUUACUGCUAUGGAGAAGAAGCUGGCUGAAUACAAGUGUAAUACAAAUGAAGCAAUUCAGCUGAAGCUAGUUCGCUUUCCUGAGGAUUUGGAGGAUGACAACACAACAUUUAAUCCAGAGUACAGCCAUCAAGUGUUUGGAGAUGAUGAAAUUGCUUUUGGCUACAAGGGGCUGAAGAUCCUUUUGUAUUACAUCGCUGGUAACCUGUCAACGUUCUUCCGCAUUGAAUACACAUCGAAAGUAAAUGAGAAGUUUGACUGUGUGGAGGCAGAUGAUGUUGAAAGUAAAAUUAGAGAAAUCAUUCCACCUGGUUUUUGCACAAACACAGAUGACUUUGUGUCUCUGCUGGAGAAGGAGGUCAACUUCAAGCCCUUUGGAAUGCUGCUACACACAUAUUCUAUCCAUAAUGAGGAAGCCGGUGAAGAUAUAACAUACCAGAUAUACAAGGCUGACAUGACAUGUCCAGGCUUUCGAGAAUAUCAUGAAAGGCUUCAGACGUUCUUGAUGUGGUUUAUUGAAACUGCUAGCUUUAUUGAUGUAGAUGAUGAAAGAUGGAACUACUUUCUAGUAUUUGAGAAGUAUAAUAAGGAUGGAGCUACGCUCUUUGCGACCGUAGGCUACAUGACAGUCUAUAAUUACUAUGUGUACCCAGACAAAACCCGGCCACGUGUAAGUCAGAUGCUGAUCUUGCCACCAUUCCAAGGAGAAGGCCACGGUGCUCAGCUGCUUGAAACAGUUCAUAGAUACUAUAUGUCUUCUCCUACAGUACUUGAUAUAACAGCUGAAGAUCCAUCAGAGAACUAUGUGAAGCUAAGAGACUUUGUUCUUGUAAAGCUCUGUCAAGAUUUGCUGUGCUUUUCCCCAGUAAAGUUAAUGCAGGGUUUCAGUCAAGAAAUGGUGACGGAAGCUCAACAAAAAUUGAAAAUAAAUAAGGCUUUAACAGAAGAGAUGUACAGACACUGUAAAUGCUUUUCUUGGGAUUAGGGACAUCUUAAAGAACUAGAUACUGAAAUUGAAUAAAUUUUAAUGAAAUACCAUAUUCUUGAUAAUUAUUGUUGUGUUCAAACUGCUAUUUGUUUGAUUGCUUAGAAAAAACAGAGAGAACUUGCCAAGAUGAGAAGGUGUCUAAGACCAGAGGAGAUGACUAAUCAGUUGAACCAAAUAGACCUAAACAUGCAACGUGAGCAGUUAGAAGAGAGCUUCCAACAGCUUGUUUCAGAUUACCGAAGAGUCCUAGAACGACUUGCACAAGCGUGAGGAUCCUGCCUGUACAGGAACUUGCAGAUUUCUGUACAGUGUUGUAAAGCACAUCCUUAAUUGCCACUUAACUGCAAAAAAUCUCAUGUGACGUUUUAAUCACAUUAAAGGUGACUUGUGUUUCUGUGCAUUUUGAAUAUUUUCUAUUUUUGUGUUGUAGAUUUUAAAAUGUUGUACUUUAGGUUUGGGGGCACUUCUUGCUGAAAUAAACAAAGUAGAUUCUCAGA